UUUCUUUCUUUCUUUUGUGAACACAACCGAACCAAUCUGACUCCAUCUCCGGCCAGCUGAUUUCUGUAGUUGCUAGAUAUGGCGGGGGCUGAUCGUGAAGCAGUCGAGACAUUCAUCAGCAUCACCGGAGCCUCUGAAGAGGUUGCCAUCCGAAAACUCGAGGACUUUCAUGGAGAUCUGAACCAAGCUGUUAAUGCGUAUUUUACUGAAGGCGAUAGAAACAACAUAAGAACUGCACCUACUGUUAUUCCUGAGGAUGAUUCUAUGGACAUAGAUGAGCCCUUUCUUACCGAGACCAGAGGAAAUCCUUUUCCAUUUCUAUCUUCUGCCAGAAAUACGAGUCCAUUCGCGCUUCUGGAUCCUGAUUUCGGUAGAGGUCUUUUUGACGGUGGCACAGCCUUUACAAGCCGUGAACCCUUUGUUUCACAUCCAAGAGAAGUUAGGGAGAUCCCCAUUGAGGUCAUAGAUGGGCAUGGGAACUCUAGUCGUUCUGGUCAUGCUCCAUCUAUAGAAGAAAUUACUGGUUCUGCUCAGGAGCAUGGUCCAGAAAUACACGGGCCUAUCGUUAUAGACGAAGAAGAUGAUGAAGUUAUUCAAAGAUCACUUCCUGCACCGAGUGCUCCUGUUAUAGGAGAUUUCCCUGAUUACACAAAUGAUAUAGAAGAAGAAAUGAUCCGAGCUGCUAUUGAGGCUUCAAAAAAGGAUGCAGGAGAAGUACACCUUGGUCCAAAUUUUGAUUUUGCAAAUGAUUCUGGAAGACAAACCCAACAAAGGCAGCCUAGUGCAGAGGAUGCCCAGCUUGCUCAUGCUGUCUCCUUAUCAUUGAAGGCGGUUGAGCAAGAAAGAGCCGUGCAUGAAUUGGGGGAUAUUUCUGGAGAGGCUCAAAAUAAGGAUGAGAAGGAAGAUAUUCCGGAGUUAAUUACAUCAAAUAGAAGGAGGGAAUUGAUUUUUACAUUACCUGGAAAAGUGGGUUGUCUGUUGGAAGCUCGUCUUUCCAAGAUGAAGCGGAAGAUGCAGAAGAGCAUCCACUGGUUAGGCACAGACUUACACGCAAUUCUGGGGGAGCUGAAGUUAGUGCGUCAUCAAGUGCUGAACAACAUACUGGUCCUGAUACCGCACAAAACAGGAACGGAUUCAAUUUUGAUGAGUGGGGAGGAAUCUCGUCUGAGGAACAUGAGGAAGAACUGCGUAAAAAGUUCGAGGAAGAACAGUUUGCAGGAAAUUGAGAGAAACCUUGCUGCAAAAGAAGCUUUUCUUCCUAAGGAACCAAUGGCAGAUGAUGAAAAUGCUGUAACACUUCUUGUAAGGAUGCCAGAUAGAAGCCGUCGUGGUCGUAGAUUUGUUAAAUCAGAUAAACUACAGUCCCUUUUUGACUUCAUUGAUGUUGGGAGAGUUGUCAAGCCUGACUCAUAUAGACUGUAUAUUGAGUAA